AUAAUUACUUUCCACUCCGAAUUUGUGGUCCAUCGCUUUAGUCCUUAGUCACUGUCGGGGGUGGGCAAUUUCAGCGCAAUUGUCCCAAUUGUCCUUUCCCUAUUCUCACACGCUUUUUCACCUUUUUCACAAGGCCCCCCGACACCUCGCCAGGGGGCACGGCCUGGCCUUUGUUGACAUUGUUGAUUCUCGGUGCGUUCUUUGGCAUGGCGAGGUGGCCUGUAGCCUCGCCUGCCUAGCCUCUAGGUCUAGCGCAGCUCUAGCUCGUUUGGGCAGCAUGAGCAGCCGCGGCCCCGGUGCGCCCGGGUCCCGUUGACGAGCGCGGCCAGCACGACCUGCAGUGGGCUGGCGACUUCCCGCGGGGCGCUCCGAUGAACUCCAGCGGUGGCCCGCCCCAUGUCCAUGGUCAUGUCCUGGAUGACUCGAGGUCUGUCCGUCGCGCCUCUGGCUCGGUCCCGUGGUGGUGGCUGCGCCCCGGGCAACGAGAAUGACGACCUUGAUGUCCAGGAGGUGGCGCCGGACUGUCCGGGACACGAUCCCGCAGAGUCGGCUGGCCAGGUACGUCAACUGUGCGUACGACGAGGACCGGGAGCGGCUGUACGCCGACGAACAGCCGACGUCGGCGGCCUCCGACGACUUCGGCGGCCUGCUGACCAAGGAGGACAACUCCGAGCCAUGGAUGCUGCCCGGCGUGCGGGACGCGCUGCGCAGCAUCGUUGGGAGCGACAACAGCGGCCGAAAAAUACAGCAACCGCAGCCUGUGGGAGAGUUCUACCCAAGUUGGCAAAAUGUGACGGUGGCCCAGCGCGACACCGCGGUCCGCUGCAACACCGUAGGUCAGUGGCUGCUGGCGGCUAACGGCGCUCUGCACCCGCUCCGCCAGGGACUUCCCUCGAGUAAAGCGCUUCGUCCCCACAUGCAGGCGCUUCAAGGCGGCGUCACCGGUUACCUGAUCAACAGAUUCAGCAGUCGUCGGGAACUCAGCCGCAGAACCCUUUCCAGCUGCUCAUUCAGUGUCCUAAACAGAAUGGUGACCCAUGUAACCCGUACCGGCCGCCAGGCGCGCACAGAAGAGAGCGCGGCGAACGCGCGGGUUGGUGCCGGUGCCACGGGCGUGCAACACCUCUGGGGCAGGAGUGCCUCCAAUGCCACCCAGUUCGGUGCGGGGAAGACCGUCGGCGCCGAGCAGCAGAGAGGGGAGGCUAGCCGACGGCUGACCUUUCAAAGACAUUUGCCGUUCCAGGUCGACCUGCAGCGGCCGCCGCCCACACUAAACGCCGAGGUCCCCGAGUUCUUCCCCAAGGAACCACCCCCUGCAUCUCCCGCACCCCUCGGCGACCUCCAGAUGUUCGGGUCCACCUUCGGCCAUGCGCGAGGGUCCCUGUCACUGCCACUAUCCGUCAACACCAAGGUGGUCGGCAGUGGCCUAGGGUGCUUCUCGACGGAGGCCGCCUACCAGGAGGACUUGUUCCCGUACCGACACGGGCACGCAGGUCGCUUCUCGGGGCACGCCAAGCAGCAGCAGCAGCACUGGGUCCGUGUAGCCCCCGGCCCCGGGGCAGAGGCGCCUUUUUGGUGUCGACUGACCGCCGUCGACUAA